CGUCACCAGAGCAGGACCAGUCAUGUAACGGGCCCACAUACCAGACAGAUUCUGUAAUUUUUUAUUAACAAGAACAACAAUGGAUCUUCAUUCUAGUGCUGAGGAUGUGCCCCGAUGUGACCUUUGUGAGACUGUCAUAGUACACAGCUACUGUGACUUUUGUCAUGUCAACCUCUGUAAGCCCUGCAUAGGAGAACAUAUCUCUGAUGGAUACGACAAACACAAGACAGUCCCUUUCCAGGAACGAGGAUCAACCCUCAUUUAUCCGAAAUGUGAAACGCAUCAACAAAAACAUUGUGAAUUACAGUGCAAAGAUUGCAGUGUUUUUGUUUGUUCUUUGUGUAUUGCAGCAAAACAGCAUAAGGGGCAUACCUUUGUAGAAAUUACCAAAGUUUACAAGACAAAGAAAGAAGUUAUUGAAAAAGACAUAGAAGAGUUGGAGAAUCAUAUUUCCCCUACAUACGAGGAAAUUGCACUGGACUUGGAAAAACAGCUUGUUAACGUGGAUGAAGGAUAUGAAAAACUAUCAACAACGAUGUCCAAACAAGGAGAGCAAUGGCACAGAGAAAUCGACAUCAUCAUCAACAAAAUGAAGUCCGAAAUCGGUGAGAUAAAAGUAAAUCACCAAAACAUUUUGAAGAAACAUUUAGAUGAAAUUAAACAAAUACAGUCUCUCAUUAAACAGACAUUUCUGGCUUUGAGGAAAAUUGAGAAGUCCAAUGAUAUAUCUCAUACCGUCCAAUACAGCUCUGAGAUCAGAGAGUUCCAAAACCUUCCACCCAUGGUUCUGGUAUCCCUUCCAACAUUAAUUUCAAAAGCAAUAAACUGUGAGGAGCUGUACAGAUUGCUUGGAUCAAUCACCCCAUUAUCUACUGCUACAGAAGAAAGUGUCUUGUCAGUAAGCCAACCUUACCCUACUUUUAGAGAACUACGGGAUGAACCGGAGCUUGUUGCCACAAUACACACUGGACAUAAAAAUCUACGAAGUGUUUCUUGCCUUAAUGAAGACACGAUAUGGACGAGUGGAUUGACCAAUGAUAUCAAAUGUUUUAACAUUGAAGGUGUGCUACUUCAGACAAUCAAACACACUUUUGGAAAUUUUCCUAAUGAUAUAGCUAUAGACAGUGAUGGAAAUAUUUUGUAUGUUAAUGGAGCAACAGGGACAGUGAAUAAAGUUACAAACAGACAGACAAAAUUGUUGAUAUCAUUAUACGGUUGGGUGCCAGUAAACCUGUGUGUCACCUCUUCUGGGGAUAUCCUGAUAAGCAUGUACAGUGCUGAAGUAACUCAAUCCAAAGUUGUCCGCUACUCAGAAUCUACUGAAAAACAAACAAUUCAAUAUGACAAAGAAGGUAAACCUUUGUACUCAGAGAAUGUUAAAAUUAAAUACAUCACUGAAAACAGAAACCAUGAUAUAUGUGUAGCUGACUGUGGAGCUGGUGCAUUGGUGGUUGUUAAUCAGGACAGUACACUAAAAUGGAGAUACACUGGUCAUCCCUUAGUUAUCAAGAACAAACCAUUUGAUCCAUGUGGUAUCACAGCAGACCGUCAGUGUCGUAUCCUGACAGCAGACCUUGACAACCAUUGUAUCCACAUACUGGAUAAGCAUGGACAAUUUCUCCGUUACAUUGAUAACUGUGAUCUGAAGGAUCCUUUUGGUUUAUGUGUGGACAAAGAUGACAAUCUGUUUGUGUGUGAAGUUCUCAUAGGUAAUGUAAAGAAAAUCAAAUAUUUGAGGUAGACAUCACCUAUCAUAGGAUGAAUCUCUGCCAUUUAGUCAAUUGAAAGGUGAAUGAAAUGUAACUGAAAGGUGACUGAAUUGCAUAGCCAUGCCAUUCAGUCCCCUUUUCAGGCCAUUUAGUUAUCAUUCAGUCGACUGAAUGGCAAAGCUUCAUCCUGUGUAUUGUUAAAAUGUGAUAUAUAAUAGGAUGUAUAUCAGUAGAAAGGGAGUACAUGUAUUUUAGUUAUCAUCAUUUGAAUUUUCUAUAAAAUAUUUGUAAAACUGUACAUUUAACUAACUUGGUAAAUUAUUAAUUUUAUCAUUGAACUUUUCAUUUAUUAUAGUAAGGUUUAUUUUUCAUCGAAGUCUAUCUUAUCAAUAGUUGUUUUUCUUUUUGAAUCAAGAUCAGAAAUAUUUUUUUUGGUUUAUUAAGUGUUGAGUUCUGAAUGUAUACAAUAAACUUUUUUAUUAAAUUGGUAAGCAUCGUGUGUAUGUAAUAUACAAUAAGUGUACCAUAUUGGUAAGCAUUGUAUGUAUGUGAUGUUCAAAUAUAUAUUUGGUAAGCGUUGUAUCCAUGUAAUAUACAGCUAUUUUACCAUAUCGGUUUACAACUAUUGUAACAAAACAGAUUAACUGAGAGCGCGGAAUUGUUAAGGUGCACUAUGAAAUAAUUACAGAUAAAAACUUAAUAUAGCGUGGCAUCUAUUAUUACAAACAAUACAACAAAAAAUUGGAAGCAAAUAAAAUUAACAAAAUCGCUUAGAAAUUUGUUGAAUUAGUCACAUUUCGACAAGGCGAACGUAUAAAAGUAAAAAGGGACAAGUUUGGAGUCAGCAGAUCGUUUGUACUUAGAUAACAUUGUAAAAACAAACUAGAAAUGUAUAUGUUAGUUCAUAUUGAAUGUACACACAGGGUGU